CGAUUCGAGAUAUUUUUAGUUCUUAUAACACAAUGUUAAUUAUGAUGGCACAGAUUCCCGCUGUUUGAUUUUGUUCCGGAAACGGCGUUCAGUCUGAAAAUUUUUGUCCAAACCAGCUGAUACAAAUAUUAUUACAAUGAGCGAAGGAAUCUACAGUAUUCAAAAGAAUGAAAAGUUUGGAAGAUAUAUGGUGGCUAAUAAACAUAUAAAAGCAGGUGAACUGAUUUUAUCUGAAAGUCCAUUGUUGAUUGGACCUCAAGUAGAUGGACCGUUGAUAUGUCUCAACUGUUGUCGAAGUUUAAGAACAUCAGGAUAUAUUUUUUGCAAAGGCUGCAAUGCUGCUGUGGUUUGCAGUCCAAAGUGUACUGGAAAAUUACAUAGUCAAGAAGAAUGUAAGGCGUUCAAAGAUAUAGGAUUGAAUGGAAGAUUUUUGGUGGAAAAUGAUCAAGUGAUAUUUCCUCUCCGUUGUUUGAUCAUGAAGCAAUGCCAACCAGAAAUAUGGAAGUCGAUGAUGCAAUUAGAAUCUCAUUUAGAAGCGAGGAGGGGAUCCUUCAUAUGGAGAAGACAUGCCGUUGUGGUGGAGCAGAGCUUGAGAGAUAUGGCCCUCACAUCCGAAGAUGAUUUGAAAAAUGACUUGAUUCAAAGAAUAUGUGGAAUAUUGGAUGUGAACACUUUCGAGAUCAGACCUCCUCAAAGUCAUUCAUUGGUUAUAACUAACCCAGAAAAUCAGUGCUUAAGAGGUGAAUAUGAGUUGAUUCCUUUUGGGAAAAGCAUUGCACUUGUUUAUUCUUAUUUUCGCAUUGAGUGA